UUCGAAUGCUCAAUGUCAGAUACAACAAUGGCCAUUUGUUCUCCAGGAAUUGUGAUGUAAAGACGUGUACACGCUGUUCUGCACAAGUUUUUUAAUGUGAGAAUAAUUUUAUUUGUUCGGUUUUUUUCUGAUGUUUUGAGUUUUCCGUGUACUGUAGGUCGAAUCAAUUCGGAUGUAUGAUCUGGAUGAAGUAAAAUUUCCCGUUUUUUGUGUAAAGCUAGCCUACGCAUAAAGAUGUGUAGCUUGUAUGUGUGUUUCCAGUUUACCUGACCGUGAUUUCAAUCUGCGAUCGCCAGGAGUUGUGAAGUGAAGUGUUUGAUCAUCGAAAGUAGAUCAAGUUGAGUGGUUCUAGAGAAAACAAGAAACCUCAUUCUCUCGUAACGUCCGUGAUUCACCAAAGUGCCUCCGUAAGAGAAGUCUUAUUUAUAUGAGUGAUCGCACUGUGUUUGAAACGAAUAUUUACACACAUAUCAACCACUUAUGAAGCUAGUUUCCGGUAUGGUGGCCAUUUAUGUGACCUGUUUAGUGCUAAACGAUCAGGCGUGCGGUUGUCGCCCCUUCCUGUCACGUACGUGACGUGCAAUGAAUGGAACGUGAAACACAUCAUCGUAAGGCGCCAACGAUCAGCCACGUUUACCGACAAGAUCACGAUCGUCAACAGUGAAGUAAAAGUAAGGUUGCGGGACCGGAAGUGAAAAACUGCACGAUCCUAGUGUCUCUCGUCCCCUUAUCGGAUGAGGUGUGUGAAGUGUGUACAGUGUCAAGAUCGAAUAAAAGUUUCCAUUUUUCGAAGACAAAUCCGACGAAACACCAAGCGGACGCCACAUCCGGUGACCAGACUGAGAUGAGCUCAACGAGAUAUAGUUACCGUGUUCUAAGGCAAAGAUGCACGUUCGCAGAUUAAUUACUCUGGUUUGAACAGUGGAAUGGCAGCAAAGGCAAACUUGUAGAACGCUGAAUAACACAUGUCUGGCAAAACGUACGAAUGCAGCAGGAAGGAAAGCAGAAAACAAGGCGCGAAUCUCAAAUGAAAGCAGCAGAGUUGCUUUAAAGUUCAAAUAAUUGCGCAUAAAAUAGCAUUUGAAUUAACAGACUUGGAGAGCGGUUUUAUAGUUACGUACCACGACUCGCUUGAGACCGACACAACCGAGCACGUAAGCGAAGUACGGAAGAUUGUGGGACGUGCUCCUUCAAAGGGAGCCGUUCGCGAGCAGAUACUUCACAAGCACAUGUCAUGUUAAGACGAGGCAGAAAAAUGCGUCAACCGAUGGCGCUAUUUACCUUAUUCGUAUUAGCUACAUGCUGGUACAGUUCCAUGCCUGCGAUAGUUGCAGCAAAUGAAAGUAGUAAUAGAAACAACAGAACAUCACAAAAGCAAACCAACAAUCUCGUCCAAGACUAUCGAUUAUCAGGCGGUGUGAGUAAACUGUACGACUACCAUCGGGAGCUAUUCACGGGCGAACAGCGACUAAAACGGAGUGCAUUUAGUACUCUAUACGAUACUGGCAAUACGCUUAGUGCGAACGAUUAUGCAGGCGGUAUAAAUGCAGACGUUAACCGCAAUAUUGGCAUCAGUAACAGUGGCUCUUCCAGAGAAUCAUUGAUUGGGUCAGAACACCUGCGGGACAAUCGCAAACCAAGUUUCGUAGAGUGUGACAGUUACAAACCGAUGCUAAAGGAGGAACAAUCGGUAGGUACGCCGGUGAUGCGUGUAACCGCUACCGAUCCCGACCCCCGACAAACGAUCGAGUACAGCUUCGUAACAACGCCAGGAGAACGAGCCCGCUUUCGCAUUGACAAGAGCACAGGAGAGAUCACGACGGCUCACAUCUUCGAUCGCGAUGAACCGAUUCGGGAGAAGGAGAUCUACAUCACGGUGCGUGCGACCGAUAAUGGACGACCUCGGUUAGACGAUGUGUGCACCUUCAAAGUGACGAUCCUUGACAUCAACGACAAUCCGCCUGUAUUCGAUAAGGUGCGCUAUGAAGAGUCUGUGACGAAAGACAUGAAAGCGAACCAACGUGUAGCUACCAUAUCGGCAACGGAUAUGGAUGACGGGGAUAACAGCAUUAUCAAGUAUGAGAUCGUGCAAAUGAACCCAGACAGCAGUUACUUCAAAAUCAACGAGAACAACGGUGUGCUCACUCUAACAAAACCGGUUGACCGCAGUCCUGGCCAGUACUAUGCAAUACGCGUGAGGGCAUAUAAUGUGGAUCCACAGGGGGAAGCUGUACAAGAUGCGGAGAUGGACGUGAAAGUACGUGUUGUGGAGUCCAAUAAACUUCCUCCUUACUUCACCAAGGUGCAAGCGACGCCCAUCGUGCUGAAUGAAACGUUCAAGAAUUAUACCGAAUCAUUAGCAGAGUUCGAUGCAGAAUCAAACAUUCCCGAAAAACCAGAAGUCAUCUUCGAGCUCAUUCAAGGUCGUGCUGAACAAACGAAUUCGAAAAACACCUUUCUACUGGAACAGGUUAAUAAUACUGCCUCAAUCAAGCUAGGAAAGACGCUGGAUUAUGAAACCGUGACGGAGUAUACUCUCACAGUGAGCGUGAAAAAUUCACACGACUUGGUCGCAGAAGCUGUGCUGAAGAUUAAGGUGCUGGAUGAGAACGACAUUAUCCCGGUGUUCACGGAAGUGACAUCGGGCACUAUUCCGGAAGACGAACCACCCGGUACUCCUGUGAUGCAGGUACGAGCAUAUGAUCUGGAUGGAACUUCUGCCAACAACAUCGUGUCGUACAGGUUCGACGAUGAAAAUCAACAGUUGUUUCACAUCGAUAGUCGAACGGGUAACAUAACGUCGCUGAUGGAAUUCGAUCGAGAAGCGACCGAUUCUUACCAUUUGAAGAUCAUUGCCGAAGACAACUCUCCAUCGGCACUGUACAGAAACGGUAAGCCGAACAGUAUCUCUCAGCUAUUCAUCAUUAAGAUCUCAGAUAAGAACGAUCACCAACCGAAAUUUGUAAAAGAUCAUUUCGUGGCCGAAAAUGUACCGGAGGAUGCAAAUAUAAACACGGUAGUGAUCGAAGUGACUGCUAUAGAUCAAGACACGGCCUCACUCAUUACCUACAGCAUUAUUGAAGGUAAUGUGGGUAAUGCGUUCAAGAUCGAUGAGAAUACUGGUCGUAUCUCAGUAAAUAGCCGACUGGACUAUGAGACUAUCCGUAGCUACCAGCUGAUAGUACAAGCAGACGAUGGUAUCUUCCAGGACAACGCCACUGUUUCGAUUAAAAUCGAAAAUGUCAACGAUAAUCCUCCACGCUUUAUAGACCUCCGCAAUGUGACGAUCCAGGAAGAAACGAUUCCUCCUGGCUGUAUCAUGACCAUCCAGGCAUUUGAUCCGGACAUUGAGAAUCGAGACGAACCGCAACACAUACGAUUCUCGUUUGUAAAAGAACAAGAGGACUUGCUCGAGAUCGAUGACAACGGAUGUCUGCGGCUAAGAAAAGCGCUCGAUCGUGAUCCACCGCAGGGCUUUAAGAGUUGGCAAUUUAUUAUCACCGCAACGGAUGAAGAUGGCGCAGGAAAGAAAACUCCAGCUACUGUGAAUAUUUUCCUGGAAGAUAUCAAUGAUAACGCACCGUACCUAUCGAACGCAAUGCCAGUUGUGUGGGGAGAGAAUCGAUCACCUGGUUUGAUCGUGAGACUGACGGCAGAAGACGUAGACGAAGCACAGAACGGUCCGCCAUUCCAUUACAGCAUUGAUCCAAACGCACCAUACGAGAUCAAGGAACGGUUCCAAGUGCAAGGGGACGAACUGUAUGCGCUGGUAGAGUUUGAUCGAGAAGAGCAAAAAGAGUAUCGAGUACCGAUCAGGAUCAGCGACUCUGGUGAAGAACCGAUGAGCGACGUCAGUAUGUUGCAUCUUGUGAUUGGCGAUGAAAAUGACAACGAGAUGAGGCCGGGUGAAAGUCGUAUCUUCGUUUACAACUACAAAGGCGAAUCGCCCAACACGGAAGUUGGUCGAGUUUACGUGGAUGAUCCAGACGACUGGGAUCUAGCGGACAAGACGUUCCAGUGGGACGAUGCUACCCGUCAUCAGUCGGUGGACUUCUUCGACCUUAAUCGUGAUACUGGCAUGAUCACCAUGCUACAAGGUACUCGUGGUGGAGAGUAUGAGCUGAACUUCCAUGUGAUUGAACAGUCGAGCUACUUUCCGCGCCACAACGUUACAGCCAAAGUGAUAGUAACGGUGAAAGAGAUCCCGGAGGAGGCAGUCGAUAAGAGUGGAUCGAUCCGCUUCCAUAAUGUAACGGCGGAGGAGUUUGUGUCUCGUACAUCCGGUCAACAGACCACUCCAAAAGAUCGACUGCAGAUGAGCAUUGCAAAAACUCUCAACGUGAGUCGCGAGAACGUGGACGUGUUCACUGUUUUGAAGCGCGACAAUGUCAACGGCACAUUCUUGGAUGUACGGUUCUCCGCACACGGUAGUCCUUAUUACGCACCUGAGCGACUUAAUGGAAUGCUCGGCUAUGGACUUCGCCAGCUGGAAGAAGACGUAGGCCUGUCAGUGUUAAUGGUGGGAAUCGACGAGUGCAUCGAAGAGGGUCGCAACUGUGAGCUAUCGUGCAAGAACACACUCUACAAAUCAAACGUCCCGAUCGCAGUUUACACUAACACCAGUUCGUUUGUGGGUGUGAAUGCCUUCGUACAGGCGGAGUGCGUGUGUGAGGUUCCUCCACCCUCGCUUACAUGUCUAAAUGGAGGCUUCCUUGUAAAUGAUCGCUGUUCCUGUCUAGAAGGCUUCGAAGGUCCACAUUGCGAGAUGCUAAGCAUUGGGUUCUAUGGUAGUGGAUAUGCUCUCUACCCUCCGAUCAGUCCUUGUAAUAUGACGCGCAUCAGUAUAGAGCUUUCGCCCCACCAGGAAGAUGGUUUGGUGAUGUACAUUGGCCCGCUUAACUACAAUCCUCGUCUGCCCGUGCAAGACUUCUUGGCGCUAGAACUCGUCAAAGGACUUCCAGUACUACUGCUUGAUUACGGUAGCGGCACUAUCCGAAUCGAACAUCGUCACCGUUUCCCGCAAGGCAAACCUUUUACUGUAGAGCUCGUGCUGCAGCCGCAGACGAUCGAGAUGAUCGUAGACAACUGCAAGUUGUCCACGUGCAUGAGUCUCGAUGCUCCGAAAGGACCGAACCGCUUCCUGAACGUAAACGCUCCUCUUCAGCUAGGAGGUGCAGCCGUCAAUUUGAACUAUCUUGGAUCAUUGUACAACUGGACGUACAUUCCUCAAGAUAAAGGUUUCAGCGGCUGCCUAAGAAAUCUUACCAUCAACGAACGAACGUAUGAUCUUGGACUACCGAGUCUUGCGAAAAAUGCCGAUCCGGGCUGUCAACGCUCUGUCGCAGUUGCAGUAUCGUUUGGCAUCGAUUCCUACUUUCUGAUCGCGAUCAUCGCUUGUAUCGUGUUGCUGUUGAUACUGCUGCUUGCGGUAGUCGUUCACAAGAAACAUCAGGACGGUUGGCAUGAGAAGGAUAUGGACGAUAUCCGCGAAACGAUCAUCAACUACGAGGAAGAAGGCGGCGGUGAAAGAGAUGCAGAAUAUGAUCUCACUGUGCUACAGGGUCCUCCAAUUUAUCUCGACAAACCGUACGGUAGUGAGCUGAGACAGAAAGAGGCAACUACCGAAGUGCCCGAUAUUGGCGCUUUCCUUACCGAUAAGAAGGACGCAUGCGACAAAGAUGCGGACGCCUACCCAAUCGACGACGUGCGACAUUAUGCUUACGAAGGCGAUGGUAACAGUACAGGCUCGUUGUCGAGUCUCGCCUCCUGCACCGACGAGGGUGAUUUGAAAUUCAACUACCUAUCCAACUUUGGUCCGCGGUUCCGGAAGCUGGCCGACAUGUACGGUGAGGAACCUUCCGACACCGAUUCGAACGUGGAUGACGAGGAGGGCUGGAGGAUAUGAGACGAACGCACGGGGUGAACGUGUGUGAUAGAAACAAAAAAGAUGUGCAAGUCUUUAGAUGUGGAAUCGAGUGAACGCGACAGCAAAGGGAUGCAAGAACGUAUGUAUGAGCGUAUGGUACUUUUCUUAAUCAAACUAGGCGAUAGACAGUUGUUGUUUUCUCGUUUGUGAUGAUCUUCCGUUCAGUAGCACUGAACCACCGUGUCCCAUAACUUGCAAACCGAGGAGGACAAUCUUCAUUAGGACAAACAAAAGUAUUCUAAAGUGUAGCUAAAGCGUGGACGUGCGCAACAGAGGUGACAGAUAUGCAGCGUUACUUCAAUACACCGGAAGCCAACUGUUGGUUUAUUUCUUGCAGAAGUGAUAUGCCUUUUUUGGGAGGAUAUAUGCACAAUUUUAAACCGAAAACAUCCAACAUGUUCCUACCAGUCGCAAACGUUUUACGAAUCGCACGAGUCAUUCUGCUUUGUGGGUGAUUUAGAAAUAUUUGCAUAUUAUUUAUUUAGGCUUGAAACGAUUAAAAGUUAUUGCAUUGAUUGAUUCGCACCUGCCUAUGUGCGAACACUGUUUCGCUUCUUACUGCCAUUUAUUAUGUAUCCCUUCUUUUGCCCGAUUUUUUUUACGCUAAUUCGCCGAUCUGAAUAAUGCUUCAAACGAGUCUGAUAUCAAGCUCUAUGAGUCAACAAUAUUUCUUCAAAAUGUAUCAAGCAGAAGGCGCCCAACACUUUCUACAAAAACUAUGCGUGGGUGAUUAAUAGUGCAAACCACAAACUGGAACAUCCAAAACAACGCGAACAAAGAAGCUUACGUGCGCCAGGAUGUGUUUUUUUCCAGAAAGGGAGUGCUCUCGGUUGCAACACAUGGUUUCUCUCUCGCUCUCGUGCUCUUAGGAGUGUUUCUGUUAUUGGUUGUCCUUUAUUUUCCCUUUGGAUGGCUUCACUAACCUCAAGCCGGUUUGCCGGUCGAUUCUAGAACGGGGGCAGAAAGGGCUCGCGAUGACUCAUGUGCGAUCUGCCUUCGUCACUACGACGACCCUUAAUGUGUGGUUCCCGAUAUCAUUGUCCACAAAGCACAAGCAGAGGUGUGCUUAUGUAGUGUUUUUUUUUAAAUAAUUUUGUAGUAUUAGACGCGCUAGGCGGUUCAGAACAAUCCGCGUAGAAUGAAAUUCAACGACUAGAAUUAUGGUUUAGGACUCCAAAAAAGAACACAUAAGAAAAGAAAAUAUAGAACGAUAGGGAAAGGAAAAGUAAAACAAUAGCUGUUUCGUUAUUUCUUUUUUUUUCUAUCGUUCAUUUUCGAUUUUCGUUAUCCAAAUCAUUUUUGUUUAAGAUUAGUACUAGACCGUUAUCAAUUUUUAGUAUAAGCAAGGCAGGGAAUGAUCUAACAUAAAGCUACAGAAAUUUAGAUUUAAGUCGAAUUAAAAAAAACAAGACUUUUAUAUAGAGAAGAAAAAUCAAAACUUUUUCCUAUGUGCUAUUGAAAUGUAACGAAAUUGAAUUGAUACGCGACUACCAUGACGUAGUCGCUGCAGAACGUUUAUUCUAAACGAUGUAAGGAAUAAUCACUAGUAAACAACAGCAUUUAGAAAGCACCCGAUGUAGUUCCAGUAAUGUGAAAAUAGUGACUAAGAUUAGAUAGACGAAAAGACGAAUUAUGCAACUGAAUAUACACAAAUAUCACGAAGGAAACACAGAAAAAAAGAAAACAUUUACACCUCCAUCGUCCUAAAGUGUACUUCGAGUGGUAGGAAAAAUGAUUGUGAAGCAUAUGAACGGUCGGUCACAAACCGAGAUUGAACCGAUUGCAGCGCCUUAGAAGUGUAAAAUAGCAACAAAACAAAACGAUGCCUUAACUCAUCCACCCAACGCGGGUAAUGAGCUCAUUUUGCUUUUAAAAAAUGGUCACCCUCCGCCCGGUUUGGUUUGGCAGCUGCUAAAGACCGAAGUCGUAUAUAUUUGUUUGUGUAUUUAUUAGCUAGAUGAAUCGUAUAAUGGCGGCAGCUCUUAAGGACGUGAUAGCAUAUUGAGAGGUGCGCAAACAAAAGCGAAAACGUAUAGGUUGUAUAAAUAGGAACGAAAGACAUGGUUCUUCCAAAAAAGGAGAGAGUUUCAACAUAGUCGUGCAUUCUGUCACUUUUUUUAUGUGUAUGUAUAGUUUGAAGAUUUUAAUUUCUUUUCCUUUUUCCACUCUCUGCGGAGAAUCGUACUAUAUUUCAAAUAAAAGGAACAAACUAUAUAUUAAGCGACAUUCGAUAGUAGCCUACGAACAAACACAACACACUUUAGGACCCCACUGUACAGCAAAGAUACGGAUUUUAAAUGCAUAGAAAAGACAUCGUGAAGGAAGCAGUGCGCGGGUCAGCAAGUCAGCAAUACCUUUGAAUUAUUUUGCAAAUAAUUGUUUAAAACAUUUGCUCCCAAAAACGUAACUCUGAAAUUGUACAGACUGCCAAAAAAAAAGCAUCUUUAUCCAAACACAUUCCAAUCAAUUGUUUGACAUCAUUCAAUAACUAUUGACUACCGUUCAGUAUCAUUCUUCGCGAUCACUCCGUUCUGGUGUGCGAUACGUGUGAAUUUUAUCCCAGAAAUUAUGAAUCUCUAUUUUUCGAAUACACCACCACCACCACAUCUCUAUUGCUGGGAACAUUUGUUUUUAAACAAAUUUCACUAAAUCAUCGAACGAUGAGGUCGAGGUUGUGUUGUACGUGCGUUUAUGCUUCUUGCCCGUUUGUUAGGUAGUAUGUAACGUGCAGGAAGGUAAGAGGAAAACGUUGAAAGUGAUGAAUGCAACCACCGGGCAGUCUAACUAUCGCUGUCUCCACAAAAGGAAACCGUGUACGAUUGUGUCUCCAAUAAAUUGAAAACGUUGGAACGAAAAUAUUGCAUAAAGUGAAACAUUUUAUUUUAAUAAUA